AUGGCUUGGAUAGCCGAGUCUGUAAACGGCUUAGAGGUUUUUAAUGGCUCUAAUGUGACCCCUCUCCGUCCUAAUACCGCGCAGCUUCGCGGAAAUGACGGGGGAUACUUUGCAGUCUCGAAGCCCCAAUAUGAAAGCUACACUGCAGCCGAGGUGGUGAAUGUGAAGACCUAUGCUGGAGCUGCUGGUGAUGGUUCAACGGACGACACCCAUGCUAUCCAGAGCACUCUGGAUGAUCAUAAGGGCCAAGAUGUUAUCAUCUUCUUCCCAGCCGGUACAAAGAUCGUUGGCGAGGUAUGGAGUCAAAUCAUGGCUUCUGGGGAUAACUUCGGGGAUAUGACGUCGCCCCGGGUGAUGGUACAGGUCGGUAACGUGGGAGAUGUUGAAUCGGUGGAGAUUCAGGAUAUGCUCUUCGCUACCAAGGGUGGCACGGCUGGCGCUGUGCUUAUGGAGUGGAAUAUCCAGGCAUCUUCUCCUGGUAGCGCAGCCAUGUGGGAUUCUCAUUUCCGAGUUGGCGGAGCCUUGGGAAACGAACUGCAGGUGUCCCAGUGUCCCACCAAAUCCACGCCGAAUAUCAAUUCCGGCUGUAUCGCGGCUUCCAUGCUUCUGCAUUUGACAUCGUUACCUUCAGCGUACCUGGAAAACGUGUGGGCUUGGACAGCGGACCAUGACAUGGACGAUGCAGCUAACACAAUGGCCGAUGUUUAUUCUGCACGAGGCAUACUGAUCGAAAGUAAGGGCCCAACGUGGCUGUAUGCAACCGCGUCCGAGCACAAUGUGCUCUAUCAGUACGAGCUCUAUGAAGCGGAGAACAUCUUCAUGGGGAUGAUCCAAACUGAGAGUCCAUACUAUCCUCCCGUCCCCUCUGCACCCGCUCCGUUUGAUAAUGCUGUCGGCAUGUUCAACGCAGGCCCCAACUUCACCAACUGCAACUCAGACGAUGAGAACAGCUGUGCAGUCUCGUGGGCUCUUCGGAUGGUCUCCUCCAACGUGCAGAUCGCUGGCGCAGGGCUGUACAGUUGGUAUCAGGACCAUGAUCCGGCGGAGGCUUGUGUGGAUGCACAAAACUGCCAGCAACGAUUGGUAUCCACGUACCUCAGCUGUGAUAUUUGGCUCUACAAUCUCAUUACAAUCGGCGCAACCGAGAUGGUCAGCCCUUACGGAACUAAUUACUCCCCAGCGCUGGCGGCCGAAAACACCGACGCUACAAGUCAUCCGUACUGGUCAACAAUAAACGCAUGGCUGUUGCUCGCAGACGGCGCAACUGGUAGUGAAACACCUCAGCCCAGCCAGACCAUCACUUUGGCCGACUGGUGGUGGGGAUUGAGUACUCCGAGUGCCUCGUGUUGGUUCCCCUGCGUCAUUGUCCUGCCGCCAGUGAUACUUCCUCCCAUGCAGGCGCCUGUCAUCACCUCCCUAAUUAAAGGCGUCCCCAAGACCAUCACGCCACCAGCGGCAGAAACACCGACCCUCACAGUGGAUCUUAUCACCAUCUCCGGAACUCUAUCCAUCUCGAAUGCACCUACCAGCACCAGUGUGAGCAUUCAGUUCAACAACUCUGCCAUCAUCUUAUCCCCCUUCGAAUACACGGAUGAUGAUGAUGGCAGCUCGCAAAAUAUCUCUGGCAUUAUCAUCCCGCUGCCCAUCAAAGGACCUCCCCCGCGUUCUAACUCGGAUGAUGAUAGCAGCCCAGGCAGCAGUUCGUCCAACUGCUGCCCCAGCAUCAGUAUUGGCAACAGCUCUCCGUGGCCCAAGCCGGACACUCCCGAGCCACCGGGCCUGGACAAUAACAACAACGACGAGGAGGACGAUGGUAGUAGUGGUGGCAGUGAGGAAGGCAGCCAACCGCAGGAGCCCGAGUCCACGAGUACCACCUCAACAACCUCCUCGACGACGACGAUGACGACGACGACAACCACAACCUCAAUCUCGUCAAGUUGUACGGCGAUCCCAACCAUAGCCAUCGCAACUGACGGCAUCUUCUUCAGUGGCACUGGCACCAGCGGUGCCAGCGCCAGCGCAUGGGCCUCAUCCAAUCCAACUGUCACCAACGAUCCGGUGUUCGGCGCCGGCGUGCCCGUCGCUGUCGGAGGCAGAUAUACGCCGACCUCCCCGUAUAGCAUCGCAACGAACCCGGGUACCUCGAGCAGCACUACCGCCACGCCAACAACCAGUUCAGUGAAAAGCCCGCCCACAGACUCCGCAGGAGGCUAA